CUCAACUUUCUCUGCGUUUCCCAGUUUCCGCUUGAGACAAUGGACCAGUCUGGUACUCCCACGUCCGGUUCAUGGCCGGUAUCCUGUUUUUGGAUUUCCGAAGUUCUUAAUAGUGUUUUGUUAAGCUAACCAUGACGCAGGUUGACCAUUCAACUGCUCGGAUCUACUAGCUGCAUGUCUGUUGCAAACUAGGCUAGGCAUCGUGCUUCUUUCUCACAUUUAGUCUUGCCCUCCCGCCAUGGAUCUCCUCACAGGCGGCAAGUCGCCGUCCGCCGAGCCCCUUCUUCCCGUCGACGCCCACGAGAAGACCGCUUUCGAACUCCAGCCAACACCCGACAACAGGCAUCGUCGAGCUCCGAUCAGCAAGAUGGCGUAUGCCAGGCGGACGAUCUUGGCCUUGUUGGUGUGUGCGCUGUUGCUCCUAGGGGUCGUCUCAGCUAGCUCUCCGUGCCACGGAGGGCAAACCGACCAGCAGGCGGCGGCCGAAACCCCGGAGUCAUCUUCGUUCUCGGCCCUGCUGAAGUCCGCAUCACCGGCCUCUCUCCAUGAUCUCCUCCAUCGGUACAUGCCUGAGCGGUUCCAGGACGGCGUGUGGGUGUCCGAGCACGAAGCAAUCGAGGCUGUUCAUCAGUCGAACGCGGCUCUUGCGACUUCCAUCGUGCAGAUAGCGAAGCGCCAAGACGACAACAAUUCGACCGUGGAGAGCGCCAGCGCCUCGCCAACCUCGGCGGAGAGCUCCUCCGCCCCAGUUGACAGCACGUCAUCGGCGUCUGAGAGCCCUGCAAGCAGCAGUUCUGUCCCUUCCCAAACGAGUACCAGCAGCGUGCCGCCCGCCACAACCACCACUCCCAGCAAUACUCCUUCAACAUCCACUCCAUCAUCGACCCCAUCGUCCACUCCGUCAUCCACUCCAUCAUCUACUCCGUCAUCUGCUCCGACGUCCACUCCUCCCUCGUCGCUGUCUGAGACGACUUUGACAACCACGACUGUCCCCCCGGCAUCGUCGACCACCACACCUCCCCGUACCUCCAAGGAGGUUAUCCAGACCUUGACGAGCACAGCCCCGAACGGAGACGUUGUCACCGUCUUCUCGACGACCUGGGUGCCAGGUGACGCCGCCGCGACAGAAGCACCCACCUCAACAGGCCGCUCGGCGAGCCUCCAAAACUCCGCCGUUCGCAGCCACGACAGCGGCGUCGCCUUGAUGGCCGCCAUGGGCCUGGCCCUGUUGUUGCCCGUGGUGUAGGGAGGAUCACGAGGAUAGGGGAAGAGAGAGAGAACGUCGAAGAGAAGGAGGGAUCCAACUUCGACGGGGGGACCAAUUUCGCUCAUUUUCAUCAUUGGGUAUUUUAAUCCGGGAAUUGUCUGCAUUGCGCGGGGUUCGGGCACUUUUCAUCAUCAUCAUCAUCAUCAUCAUCCAUCGUCUGGCGUCAUCCAUUCAUUCAUCCAGCGGAGUCAUUUCAAGGGCGCAUGCAUACCAUGGUACCUGCCACGCGGAGUACGGCACACAACUCGUACAAACGUCUAUCGGGAUCCGGACAAUGAUACGAUAUUACACAUUCAUUUAAUGGUGAAGAAAAGAAGGACAAGACUGGGAAUAGACACACACGGGCGGCCGAGGGAAGACAAAUGUACAUAGACGGAAGCGGAUUAAUGGGAAAUAGACUUAAUGGCUGCAAACCGCUUGCUUAAUUCUGCACUCUCGCCAUCGUUCG